UACCCCGCUGCCGCAAACCCCGAGUAGCAUGUCGUAAAACCGAUCUGUAUCAGUGUUGUCAGAGGAGUAAACUGUUAUUGCCAUUGAUAACCAAGCCGAGGCAGAUUUCGCACCUUGAAAUAUGUAGUAGCCGUGCUGGCUCCAUGUUCAGUUGAGCCGGUACAGUUUUAGCAGCAUGGUGGACGUCUUGUAGGCUCCGAGGAGCCAGAAGAUGAGUUGAUCUCCAGCAAAACAAGCUCGAAAAUGGCAACAUACAACGCCGAAGAAGUCGCUGCAGGACACAAUGUUGUGGUGGAGGUGAGCCCAGACAUCCAUAUCUGCGGCUUCUGCAAGCAGCAGUACAAUAAUUUCGAGGUCUUUCUCGCCCACAAGCAAAACGGAUGUGCCCUACCCACCUCCGACCCGUCAGCCACCACUGCAGCGGCCACUCUUACAGAUUCAAGCACCGAGUAUGUGUUCGAGGAAACCUACCAGACCUGUGUGAUGAGAGGUGUCAAAAAGAUCCUGACCAAAGCACAGAAAACACCUUCCAAAAAAUUAAAGCCUACCCUGACUUCAAAGAGACACAGCUGCUGUUUCUCAGGUUGCACUUUUAAAACACAGUAUGGCCAAAAAGACAUGGAGCGGCAUCUCAAAACCCACACCGGUGAGAAGCCGUUUGAAUGUGAGCUGUGCCACAAGCGCUUCAGUCGGCGAGACAAGCUCAACAUGCACAGCCGCUUACACACAGGCGAGAAGCCGCACAAGUGCAAACACUGUCCCUACGCAGCGGCAGACAGCAGCAGUUUGAAGAAGCACCUGCGAAUCCACUACGAUGAGCGGCCGUUCAAAUGCCAGAUCUGUCCCUAUGCCAGCCGCAAUUCCAGCCAGCUCACCGUGCACCUCCGCUCCCACACUGGGGAUGCACCUUUCCAGUGCCAGCAGUGUGAUGCAAAGUUCAAAAUCAACUCAGACCUGAAGAGGCACAUCCGGAUCCACUCUGGGGAAAAGCCUUACAAAUGUGACUUUUGCGAGUACCGCUGCGCCAUGAAAGGCAACCUGAAAUCUCACAUUCAGAUCAAACAUGGCACCGAGAACUCCUUCCAAUGCAUGCACUGCGAUUUCAAGUGCUCCAACAAGACUGCCCUGCGGCAGCACUCGCGAGAACACCAGCCCACACAGCCCAUCCAGUGUGCCAAGUGCACUUACUCCUGCUCCAGCAGGGGGGCGCUCAAGGUCCACGAGAGGAUCCACUCAGAGGAGCGACCCUUUAAAUGUGACUUCUGCAACUUCGCCUCCAAGCAGCGCAGCAACCUUGUCAUUCACAAAAAGAAGUGCCACUCGGAUAAGCCCGAGAAAGGGGGCGGCGGGAAAGGCGGCAGAGGUGGAGGAAAGAGCGGAGGAGGUGACUCUCCAAAGCCCGUCAGCUCCCGGUACCGGGCCAAACUAGACGCAGCUCGAGCCUUCUGCUGCGACUCCUGCGACGCGUCUUUCGUCAGGGAGGACUCCCUGCGGAGCCACAGGAAGCAACACAGAGACACUCAGAAUGUGCUGCAGCUCCAGCUCUCUGCCCCAGCCGAUGCAGUCAACUUGGUUCCUGUUCCAACGUCACAGAGCAACACCCGGCUGGAAGUUCCUAUCCCGUCUGACGCAAUGGCUCCUUAUAGCAAUGCACAGCUCAAAAUCAUCGUAUCUCACCCUUUGGGCCAGGAGAACCCCUUGAUCCCAGCUGGUGUGGAUGGUCAGAAUAAGACCAACGUGGUCCUGCUAAGCCCAGAAAACCAGGACAUGGUAGUGAACUCCAUGAUCCAGCAGGUCAACCUGCUGGCUCCUAUGCAACCCCUCGGCUCGUCCCAGACGGCGGAAGCCACCCUCGAAUCCCAGACGGUCCUCCUGACGCAGCUCAGCCCCGAGCACACCAACAACCCGCUCCACCAGGCCCUGCUGCGGACGGCCAUAACCGCUCAGGACUCCAGCAGCGGCGCGCAGACAUUAAUCACCACCUGCUCUGAACUGGAGGGCCUCAACGCCUUGAUCCAGGAAGGUGGCACAGAGGUCACAGUGGUAACGGAAGGGAACGCCACCGUGGUGGCCACCGCGACUCCACCCGACAUGGUGUGCGGUCCGUCGGAGGACAUGUCCAAACCGGGAGGGACAGUCACUGUGGAGGAGAGUGCCUUGGCCUGUGAGGAGAGUGGGUUACUGGUGCCAAACAUCAGUCUGGGCAGCCAGAAUGUGGUCAUCCACGGCGUUCCGCUGAUUGUGUCCGCCCAGCCACAGCAGAGUGCGAUAGAGCAGCUCCCUCCGCACACACUCUACUCAGACUCUCACACACUGGAAGGCAUCCCGCAAUGAGUUGAGGGUUCGGUGUGUUUUUCUGAAAUUGAAAAGACUGUAACUGCAUCAUAAGCUAUUUCUUUGCCAGUAAGAACUCUUAGGCCUAAAGGUUACGCAUGUGCCGGCCGUUGACAUGCAACAGUUAUUGUUUCCAGCCGUUUAAUCAUUAACCACUGAGGCGACGAUUCUGUCAACUUCGGAGAAACAAUUGUUUUAAUUUCCAGAUUUUAGAAUAAUUAAUUGUUGUCGUAGCAUAUUGGUUCAGUACAGAAUGUUCUCAUGUUCAGCACUGAAUAACUUUUGAAUAUGAAAGUCGGUCAUUGGAGCAUAAUUUCAUACGCUCAGUUUUUGGAGGCACCAGGACUGAAAUAAUGUUUAUUUUCAGCAAACAUCUUGGAAGAAAUUCUAAAGUGUAGAAGAAUGAAGUUUGAAACAAAUAGUCACAACACUUGAAAAUUGAAUUUCCUUGCGCCGUGGUUUUCUCCAAUUGUCCAUAAGGUGGCAGCAGAGUGAUAAGAGUCAAGGGUGAAGUUUACUCUGAACGUGGAUUAUUGCAGCCUUGGAGCAUUGAUUCUACAAAUUCUGUAUAUUUGGGUUUUUUUGGGGGGGAAAAUGAAUAUUUUAAAGUCCUAGUUCUGAACCUACAAAGUAGAUGUCAAGUGUAGAAAACAUUAGCCUGCAUAUCAAGGUCUUAUUUUCUAAAAGCCAAGUUGCUCUCCCAAUAGAUUUUUUUUCAAUAAAGUGCCUGUUUUUCUU